AAGUGGGUCCGCCGGCCUCAGGGUUCCGCCGGGAGCAGGGUCAGCUGGAAGGCCAUGACGGUCACGAGGAUCCUGGUGGGAGUCAAGAGGGUGAUCGACUACGCGGUGAAGAUCCGGGUGAAGCCGGACCGCACUGGGGUGGUCACCGAUGGGGUGAAACAUUCCAUGAACCCUUUCUGCGAGAUCGCCGUGGAGGAGGCUGUGAGGCUGAAGGAGAAGAAGCUGGCCCAGGAGGUGAUCGCGGUCAGCUGUGGGCCCCAGCAGUGUCAGGAGACGAUCCGGACGGCUCUGGCCAUGGGUGCUGACCGAGGGAUCCACGUGGCAGUCACGGGGAAAGACUAUGAGGCUCUGGGUCCUCUGCAGGUCUCCAAGAUCCUGGCUGCUAUCGCCAAGCAACAGAAGGUGGAUCUCAUUCUCCUGGGCAAGCAGGCGAUCGAUGGGGACUGGAAUCAAACUGGACAGAUGACCGCUGCCCUGCUGGACUGGCCACAGGGCACCUUUGCUUCGGAGGUGAAGGUGGAGGAUAAGAAGUUGUGUGUGACCCGUGAAGUGGAUGGUGGUUUGGAAACGGUUUCCCUCACGUUGCCAGCCAUUGUCACCGCGGACCUGCGCCUGAAUGAGCCGCGAUAUGCCACUCUGCCCAACAUCAUGAAAGCCAAGAAGAAGCGGAUUGAGCAGGUGACGGUGGAGGAGCUGGGGGUGGAUGUCAGGAGUAAGCUGCAGACCGUCAGCGUGGAGGAGCCUCCCCACCGCACCGCGGGGGUCCGAGUGGAGAACGCCGAGCAGCUCGUGGCUCAACUGCGCGAAAUCGGCCGCAUCUGACCCCAGCCCAGGGUUACCCAUUGCCGGGAGGCUCUAUAAUCCUCUGCCCCGGGUGCUGUCUCUCGAGUGGCUGUUGUGUUUGAGAGACUGUUACCCAACACCAGACUGCCUUUCAGAGCCGCCUCUUCAUUGUUUCUGAACAGAACAUUAUCAGAGCAGGUUAAUAAAUAGAUUCGAUGAUAA